UUAUCUAUCUUCUCUUUUGAUACAUACAAGAAUCUGAUAUGGCUUCUUUCACUACUUCACCUUCACUGGUUGGGAAGAAGAAGGUUUUGUUCAUAAUGGGUGCAACCGGCUCAGGCAAGACCAAACUCUCCAUCAGCUUGGCCAUGCAAUUUCCCUCUGAAAUCAUCAACUCCGACAAAAUCCAAGUUUAUAAGGGUCUCGACAUCAUCACCAACAAGGUUUCAGAGUCUCAACGUUCUGGCAUUCCUCAUCACCUUCUUGCCAUCAUUGACGACCCUGAUUACGAUUUCACCAUUGAUGACUUCUGCAACCAUGUCCUUCACGCUCUUGAUAUCAUCGUUCAAAACGGACACCUACCCAUUAUCGUGGGUGGCUCCAACACUUACCUCACAGCCUUGCUUGAGGACCCUGACGUUGCUUUUCGAUCCAAAUAUGAUUGUUGUUUCAUCUGGGUCGAUGUGUCGUUACCGGUGUUGUUUCCGUAUCUGGACAAAAGGGUGGACGAAAUGGUUGAUGCAGGAGUUGUGGAUGAGAUUCGAGAAGCUUUUGUUGCUGGAGCAGAUUGCAGUCGUGGGAUUAGAAGAGCCAUUGGAGUUCCUGAGCUUGGAGAGUUUUUCCUUCUGGAGAAGGAAAUAGACGAUGAGGCUCAGAAGGAGAAGAUUUUACAACAUGCUAUUAUGAAAACCAAAGAGAACACUCAUAAGUUGGCUGAGAGACAACUCUCGAAGAUCCGAAACAUGAACCAUGACUUCAAAAUGUUCAUAAUUGAUUCCACACAAGUGUUUGAGGCUGUUUUGAAUGGAGUGAAUUAUGAGCAAUUGUACGAGGAGAUUGUGUUCAAACCGUGCAUGGAGAUAGUGAAGCAAUUUCUAGAAGAGACAACUGAUGUGAACAAGACACAUCUCGAAAUGGUGAACAAGCCGUAGUUUGUGUUUAACAAAAAUCGCUUAUUUGAUUAAGGACCAUGUUAAUGGAGUUAUGGUAAUAAAUAAUAAAAGAAAAAAAAUAUAAAGGCAAAAUUAAUUAGAUAGUACGUAUGGUGAAAGAUAAA